CGGACUUCAGACGCUUAAAUCCGCAGGAAACACAGCGCCACAAGUUUCUUCACGCCGAGUCUCAAAUAUAAGAAGAGGGUUGCACAUUAAUUUUUCCCAAUUCAGACCCCUCUGCCUAUCACAAGCAAGGCUGUUUGUCGCACAGUUUCCCCAUCUUUGUCAACAACCACACAACACCAACACCACAUCAAAACAUGCCUCAACUCAUGGGAAAAGAGAUUGGGCCAAUUGGCUACGGUCUGAUGGGGCUCACAUGGAGACCGACUCCUGCACCAGAAGAGCAAGCCUUCAAGGCCAUGAGGGCUUCCCUUGCUGCAGGGUGUAACUUCUGGAACGCCGGCGAGUUCUAUGGAACCGAAUCGUACAACUCUCUCCAUCUGCUGAACAAGUAUUUCACCAAGUAUCCAGAAGAUGCGGAUAAAGUCGUUCUCUCAGUCAAAGGCGUCCUCAUGAAUAUGCACCCGGAUGGAAGCCCAGAGAACGUGAAGCGUUCUGUGGAGAAUUCUCUGAAGAUCUUGGACGGCAAGAAAAGCAUUGACAUCUUCGAACCAGCGAGAGUCGACAAAAACGUCCCACUUGAGGUCACGCUGAAGGCUCUGGAGGAAUACGUCAAGGCUGGCAAGAUCGGAGGUAUCGCUCUAUCUGAAGUUGGCGCUGCUACGAUUCAGAAGGCCGUCAAGAUCACGAAGAUUGUGGCUAUCGAGGUGGAACUUUCACUGUGGGCUUUGGAUAUUUUAAAUAAUGGUGUUGCGAAGGCAGCUGCUGAGCAUAACAUCCCUAUUGUUGCGUACUCACCUAUUGGACGAGGUAUGUUGACAGGGGAGAUCAAAAAACCAGAUGACAUCCCAGAAGGUGAUCUUCGGAGAAUGUUGCCGAGAUUCAACAAGGAGAACUUCAACCAUAACUUAGAGCUUGUCUCGGAGCUUGAGAAAACUGCAAAACAAAAGAAUUGCACUCCUGCGCAAUUGGCCAUCAAUUGGGCCAAGCAACUUUCGAAGAAGGAUCGCAGUUACCCUGAGAUUAUCCCAAUCCCUGGUGCAACGAAAGAGGAGCGUGUUCUCGAGAAUGCGAAGGAGAUCACGUUGAGCAAUGAUGAGCUUGUCGAGAUCGAUUCGAUACUGAAGAAAUUCGAGGUAAAGGGCGACAGGUAUGGUGGUCCGGCGAAGUCACAUAUGGAGGGAUGAGAAUCUAUUUCUCUCGAGGAUCAGCAACAGUCGAGGACAGAAAAUUCCAAGAUAAUUCGAAGUAGAGUUGCGCAACAUGUGUUCAGAGAAUGUGUAACGUGUUUGAGAAGUCGACAUGCCCAGCGAGCUGGUUCCAAUUUGCAGAACUCUCUUGAUAUUUCAUCUUUUGCGCGAUUUGGAAGAUUAAAAGAAGAAUAAGAAGAGGGAAACUAACAGCAACUAUUGA